AUUGGAAUUAGCAUUUCAAGAAAGAAGAGAAGGAGAUGGGCUGUGUUUCUUCUUGCUUUCGGGUCGAAGACUUUGAGAAUUACCCGAAUCCAAGUAGUUCUGUUAACAGAACCUGCCCAUGCCCGAGAUGUCUCGUUAAUAACUUCCUUAACCUGUAUAUCUCUUUAUUCAGAAGAGGCGAAACCCGCUCUCUCCCGUCCUCUUUACAGGCUACUAAUGUAUCGAUAGCUUCAUCUACUUCGUAUGAUAACUUUAUGUCUAAUACAUUCCAUUCUACUCCAAGGCCUCUGCCUUAUGAUACUGAUCCAAGAUACUUCCGGUCAAGGCGUGAUUCGCUUGUCUCAAGACGCGAUAAGGGUUCAAGUCAUUCUCAUGAGGAAGCUGAGCCCUUAAGAGGCGAUGCUGAUGUGGAUUCUGAGUCUUUCUCAGUGGAAGGAAGCAAAUGGACUAAUAAGCUUAUUAUCUCUGGUGAAGAUUCCAAAGAAGAGUUCUCUAAAUCCUCUCGGAGGAUUCUUCAGUCAAGGACAAUGGCUACUGGUAAUGAAGGCGUGUAUAUAACAUCUGAUGAUGAAGAUGUCUGUCCAACGUGUCUUGAAGAAUACACAUCAGAGAACCCAAAGAUUGUUACAAAUUGUUCUCACCAUUUCCACCUCAGUUGCAUUUAUGAAUGGAUGGAGAGAAGUGAAAACUGCCCUGUUUGUGGAAAGGUGAUGGAGUUCAACGAAACACCGUAACCUGUUACCAUUGAUCCCGUCUUGUACUGCCUAAACCGAAGCUGGGGAGAUUGACAAGGCAGCAGAGAGAUGUGCAAGCUGAUUUGGUCUGUGAAUAUUUUUAACAAUUGUCUAUGGUAUAUAUAUGAUGGGGAAAUUAGGAAAUGUCUCUCUGCACGUUUGGCUAAUGGAGUUCUGAGGAAACCCUCUAGAGAGAAAACAGCAGCAGCAGCAAAACACAUGCUCACAGGAAUCUGACAUGUUUUUUGGGGCAGUGUUUUGUUCAAGGCAUGAAACUUUUUACAUCAUUUUGUAUGAAUUACCUUAAACCUUUAUGAAUAUAUAUGUGAUGCUUAUAAUUUUGCGAUAGUGGUUUACAUUGGGUCCAGGAGAUAUCACACUGUAACCCAAAAUGUUUAUCUCAUUACUUGACAAUAAACCAGUGUCAUGGUU